UGCGCCGGCGGCCAUGGCGGCGGCCGAGGCGGCGGGGCCCGCGCCCGACUACGAGGCGGCGGAGCUGCACAGCCGCGCCUUCCGCCUGGGCGACCUCGGCCGCGGCUGGCGGCAGCGGCUGGGGCCGCCCGACCUGUCGCUGGCGGCGGAGGCGGCGGCCGAGACGGAGGCGGCCGUGGCGGCGGAGCUGGGCUGCGCGGCGGAGGUGGCGGCCGAGCUGCAGGCCGUGUGCAGCAUUGAUAUGUUACUGUCCCCUGAUGAAGAAAAGGACCCAGAUGUUAUUCCUGAAGAUAGCAGUCUGUUCACUUUGAGAAUCAGAAAGAAGGCAUUAGAGAGGAGAGAAGAAACAAUUAUUGUGGAUCGGGCUUGCAGGCAAGAAACUCUUGCUUAUGAGAUGGAGUCACAUGCAGUUGGAAAGAGGCCAGACAAUCCAGCAGAUCUAGUUGAGGAGGGAGAACUACUUUUAACUCUGAACAUCUUCUAUCCUGUCAUAUUUCAGAAGCAUAAAGAUCACAAACCUUAUCAGACAGUCCUUGUCCUGGGCAGCCAGAAACUCACUGAGCUGAGAGACUCCAUUUCCUGUGUCAGUGACCUCCAGAUAGGUGGCGAGUUCAGCAGUCAGCCAGAUCAAGCACCAGAGCACAUCAGCAAGGAUCUCUACAAAUCUGCUUUCUUUUAUUUUGAAGGCAUCUUUUAUAAUGAUAAAAGGUACCCAGAGUGCAGAGAUCUGAGCAGGACAAUUAUUGAGUGGUCAGAAUCUCAUGACAGAGGCUAUGGAAAUCUUAAGUCUGAUAAAAUGGAGGACUACACAUUUAGUGAUUUGUCCCUCAAAAUUGGCUUUCCAUACCUUUUUUGCCACCAAGGGAACUGUGAGCAUAUCAUUAUCAUCACAGAUAUAAGGCUCAUUCAUCAUGAUGACUGCCUGGACAGGAGCCUCUAUCCCUUGCUAAUCAAGAAACAUUGGCUAUGUACCAGAAAAUGCUUUGUGUGCAAAAUGUACACAGCCAGGUGGGUAACCAACAAAGACAGUCUGGCACCAGAGGAUCCGUGUUUCUUCUGUGAUAUUUGUUUUCGGAUGCUCCAUUAUGAUGCAGAAGGCAACAAACUAGGGGAGUUUCUUGCAUAUCCUUAUGUUGAUCCUGGGAUUUUCAACUGAAGCUGACAAGAGCCAGCAUGAAUUCAAUGAACUAGAUUGGAGAAUCUAUUGCUCUGGCUGUUAAAACCAUCAGUUUGAGUUUGAGCCUACUGCUGGGUUUUGGGUUAGGCUGUUAAUCCUCUCCCUGGAGGUGGAAAGGAGCACUUUGCACUUGACAUCUUUCCAGUAUGCUUCUCUAAUUUGGAUACUAUGAAGUCUAAAAAUGCAGAUGUUUAAAGAGAGAAGAUCUUGCAAAAGCAGCUGUGAUUUUAUGAAGUUCGGUGCGUCCAAGGCUCCAGUAACAUCAAAGGAUGAGAACAUGAUUUUUGGGCCUGUUACCUUGAAAACUGGCAGUUGUCAUCUCUGAACAAGGGUGGAUAGCACUGAAUUUGUGGGCAGGAGAAUGCUUUUUGAGAGCGCUCAGAGUGCUUGUUAACUUCAUCCUUCCAAAAGGGGCACGCUUGCAUCUUAAAUCUGUAAGCUACUGGUGUCCCUGUGUUCUGACUCUGAGGAAUGGUUCCAUGAAGGGUAAACUACGCUUCACAAACUACUGAUUUGUAGCCUGCCUUUCAAGUAACUUUGUUUGCAGCAUGUGCAGUUUUAACUGUUCAUAAAGUGUUGUCCAUUGUGCUUUUUUUUUUUUUGUAUUGCUCUGUUAUUGUGAGUAGUGUAUUUUUUAUUACAAAGUAUUUUUUAUUAAAACAUGACCAAUUUGUACUUGCUAGUCUGAUGUUAAGUUGGAGUCCUGUUUACCAAACAAGAAUACAGGUAUAUGGUGCCUUGCUUUUUAAAUUCAUCUCAGAUUCAGAGGAUUUUAGCGGAGAUCUUCACUGUCCAGGAAACAGCCUUACCCAGGAAGGGGAAGACAGUUUUCUUACCCUUCAGGAAUCUGCAGGAGGGUGUGUCCUGCCCACCACAACUGUUGCCAGUUAAACUGCUGGGGCUGGACUGCUAGAGGUGCUGUAGCAGCUGCUUUAAAGAUCCCCUGCCAUAGAACUCUGCUUGCAGCUUCAGUGUUUGCCUCUUCGUCUUCCCACAACCUCUUCCUCUUUCAGCUGUCUCCUGGUAAUACACAGGCUGCCCAGUCCUCUUCAGUAUUGAAACUGAGAUCAUGUAGACAGCUGGCAUGAUUUCUAAAGACACACUUGCCUGUAUGCCAGGUCCUAAAGCAGCAAUCAGUAAAUUUUGUGUGUGGGUUGCUUUUUAUUUUUCUUUCUUCCGUUAGCAGUGGGGAGAAGGGAGUAGCGAAAUGUGCAUUUAUUAGUUCAUUAAACUAAUUCUGCCUCAGUAUGUAUCUUUCACCCAGCCCAUUUACUCUAUUUCCAGAAAAAGUUAUGGUCAAAAAUAUUCCAAAAUUGAUGUCCAUACAUAUUAAGAAAUUUUGCUAAGACCAGUUCCGUAUUUCCAGCAAGGUGAGGAGAAGCUGGCUACAGUCUGGGGGUGGAAGUUGAGUGCAUCCUGUGCUUAACUACAAAACAGAACUCUCGUUAGAACCUGCUGGUUUUGUGUUCUGGUCUUAUUUCAUAUUGCGUGUUUCUAUUUAAAUGACAAAAGGAACAAAAAGGUUACAGUAAAUCAAGUUUUUGAAGAUCCUUUACUUCCCAGGAGCUGUCACAGGACAGCUGGGUCUGGUCUUGAUUUAAUGUCUCUUUCUGAAUGAGUCUUCUGAACAAAAUCCAGUAUUGCACCCAGCUGCCCAUUCAUGGUUACAUUUCUAUGACACCAGUUGGAUAUUUGUGCUUUGGCUACUUGUUAAAUGCUGUUAGUGUUUCAGUGAUCAAAACUUCCAAGCAGGUUUAUUUCUAAUUUUGUUGAUAAUGCUGGUAUGUGUGUUAGGUAUUUGUGUCUGGAUUUUUUUUUCUUUUCUUUUUUUGUUUGUUGUAAAAGCAAGACAAUUAGCAAUUUUUUUUCUUAUAAAUCCCUUUUUAUAAUAAAGGAGAUACAAGGGUA